GAGAGACUUGCCUGUUGGACAUCUUGGACACGGCUGGACAAGAGGAGUAUUCAGCUAUGAGAGAUCAGUACAUGCGAACUGGUGAAGGUUUUCUGCUAGUGUUUGCAGUGAACAGUGCUAAGAGUUUUGAGGAUAUAGGGUCAUACAGGGAACAAAUUAAACGAGUGAAGGACGCAGAAGAAGUGCCGAUGGUGUUAGUUGGAAAUAAGUGUGAUUUGCAAGCCUGGGCGGUAGAUAUGACGCAGGCGAGAGAGGUUGCCCGAAGUUAUGGAGUGCCUUUUGUAGAAACCUCAGCUAAGACCCGUAUGGGUGUUGAUGAUGCAUUCUACACCCUAGUUAGAGAGAUUCGCAAAGAUAAAGAAAGCCGGGGUAAGAAAUUUAGGCGAGGAAAUAAGUUAGGUUCCAGGCGUUCCUUCAAAUGUACACUACUUUAA